UCAAACACAACGGACGCGAUUGAUCACUCGACUUACUUCCAUCAAUUCUGCGUUUAGAAACACUCUUUAGUCGCUCUUGCAGGGCAACAUUGUUGAUUUGGAGCACCUUUCUUGUCCGAAAUUAAACCACAAAUAUUCAUCAUAGACAGAAUUUCAAUUGAGGUUUUUCGAUAACCCAAAGAGAGACAGUGAAAUUCUUCAUGUAACUCAAAGUGAAAACUCCGCGCAAAGUGCUCAAUAAAGGCAAAUAUACAAGGAAGGAAAACAACUUAAUAGAAAUCUUGCAGAUUUUUAGUGUGAAAGAUGGCCAGAUCGCUGAGUUCCCUCACGUGGGACUACAUAGUGUUUUUCGUCUUCCUGAUCCUGUCAUCCUUGGUGCCGCUAUGGAGCAGAAUAUUUGGCAAGAAGCGAGACAACACAAAGGCCGAUUUUGUGUUUGCCGUGGGCAAAAUCUCCAUUCUGGCCAUGAUGCUGUCCAUUGCCCGCGGAACGCUGGGCGUGAGAGCCUUCCUGGGCUAUCCCAGUGAGCUGUUCUACAGAGGAUCGGCCAUGUGGGAGACGCUCUACGGCAUGGUGACGGCCUAUCCAGUGGUGCUGUACGUCUUCAUUCCCGUGUACUACAGCUUAGGAAUUACAUCAGUCUAUCAGUAUUUGGACCUUCGAUAUAACAGUCGUCUAGUGAGAUGUUUGGCGUCAAUUUCCUUUAUCUUGAGACAAGUGUUGGCUUUGGGAGUCACCGUGUACACACCAAGUGUGGCCCUUAAUACAAUCAUCGGCGUGCCUUAUUGGAUGUCCCUUGUCGGCAUCACGGUCGUAGGAAUACUGUUCACUGUGCUGGGAGGCCUAAAAGCUGCGAUAACCGCUGAUGUAAUUCAGGGUGUAACAAUGAUUGCCAUUUCUGUCGCCAUAAUCAUUCAGGGUAUCUUCGAGACGGGUAGUCCUAAGAAAGUCUAUGACACUGUCAAAGAUGAGGGACGAUUUCAGUUCUUCAAUUUCUCCGGAGACUUCACACUGCGCGUGGACACAGUGUCAGCCUGGGUUGGUCAGUUGUUCAUGUCCCUGAGUCAAUUUGGAUGCCAGCAGAACUUUGUGCAGCGCUACGUGAGUCUCAAGACAUUCGCCGAAGUGAAGAAGACCAUGUUGUCCAACAUUCCCAUGAUCAUCAUCCUGUUCUCGCUCUCGUGGAUCGUGGGCAUGGGAGUGUUCUCCACGUAUGUCAACUGCGAUCCUCUGGCUGCCGGAUACACAAAGAAGAUGGAUGAGAUUCUGCCAUUCUUCGUGGAGGAUAAAUUUGCAUACUUGCCAGGAUUUCUGGGACUCUUCAUGGCCACAAUCUUCAACGGUGCUCUCAGUCUCAGUGUGUCCAACAUCAACUCUCUGGCCACAGUCACUUGGGAGGACUUCCUGUCGCCCUUGCCACACUUCAAGGGUCUCACGGAGAAGCAGGAGGUGAAUACGAUUAAGUUCCUCGGCUGCAUGUACAGCAUCAUCGUGAUGGGUGUGGCUUUCAGCGUGGGACUGCUCUCGGGGGUGAUUGAGAGUGCAAUGCUUAUGACAUCAGUGACUUCUGGACCGCUGUUGGGGGUCUUUCUGCUCGCCAUGAUCUUUCCCAUGUCCAACUGGAAGGGAGCCGCCACGGGCAUGAUCAUGUCCAAUGUUGUCUCCUUUUGGCUUGCUUUUGGAAGCUUCACUGUGAAAUCGUCCCAACCUGUGCUUAUGCCAACAUCUGUCGAUGGAUGCACCAAUCACACAUUCUCUCAGGCCAUCACAAAGUCCUCGUCAUCCUGGCUGGUCAACAAUAUGCCCCUGGAAGUGGGCUGGAACUCAUCUUAUGCCAUCCCAACGACUCCUCCAGCUCAUGAUCCAACCAUCCUGCAGAGCUUCUACUCGAUCUCCUUCAUGUACUGGAGCAUCAUCGGAACCUUCGUGACGGUGUUCGUGGGUGUUGUCGUGAGCUGGUUGACUGCGUCCAGUGACGAUGUGUACGACUCGAAUCUUCUGUUCAAGCCAGCAUUUAACUUCUCAAAGUGGCUGCCCGGCAAGGCGCGCCAAUACAAAGCCAUGCCCAGCAAGACUGCCCCGGAAAAGUGCUUGAAGGUGAAUCUGCCCACUGAGAAGGACAAUCUGGGAUUUGAAAUUGAGGAAGGUGCAGAGCUGGGAAGCCACACGAAGAGAGUGAAUGGCUUCACAACAGCCACAAUUGAGGAUCUCAACAAGAUAGACACGGUGAAUGAGGAGAAUUUGCCAUCAAUGAAUAUCGUAAUUGAUAAGAAUGCGAAGAAAGAGACGGGAAAUGGCCUAGAAUCUGUUCAGAUUAAGAGUUUAGUCGUCGAUAACAAGAUGUUUUCACCAAAACCGGUGGAAAUCUACAAGCGCAUCGAUGAGAAUGAGGUCUGAUGUGAAUCUCUUACAAUGAUUCACAAUCUAUGCA